AUGGGUGCGAAAGUCCCGCGCAACUUCCGACUGCUAGAAGAGCUGGAGAAAGGCGAGAAAGGCUUGGGUGCAGAAGCAUGCUCCUACGGUCUAGACGAAGGUGACGAUCUCCUCAUGACAAACUGGAACGGCACAAUCCUCGGUCCACCUCACAGCGUCCACGAAAACCGCAUCUACUCCCUCAAAAUCCACUGUGGACCCGAAUACCCCGACAUCCCACCCGAAGUGACCUUCAUCAGUAAGGUGAAUUUACCAUGUGUGGAUGCGAGGAAUGGCAAGGUGGACAUCUCCAAACUCCCCAGCAUCGCGACCUGGAAACGCGACUUCACCAUGGAAACCAUCCUGAUCGAGAUCCGACGGUUCAUGGCUGCGCCUUCGAACAAGAAGCUGCCGCAGCCACCGGAGGGCACGAAUUUCUGA